GAAAUUAUAAGUAUUAGUACUUUGCAAAAUAGAAUUCAAUAUCUAACUUUUUUUUACCGACUUUCUAAAGAAGUAAAAAGAUUAAUUGAAGCACAAUAAAAGUAGUUUUAUUUAAUUUAUGUUAAAUUUCAAUCCCCAAAUCCCCAGCCCACCGUCAAUUCACCUUCAUCUUCUCCUCUGUUCUCAAAUCUUUGAAUCUUCCAUUUUCCAAUCAGCUCGAGAGCUGCCCGACCGUCCCUCAUCUAUUUUCUUUUUAAAAGUUCUAAGACCUCCAUUUCCUCCACCGUUUUCAGCAAAAAUCAACCCAACAGCUUCCUGCAACCAUCCAUUCCAUUUUUAUGUUCCUAGAUAAUAAAAAUUAAAGGGGGAAAGGAAGAAUUGAGCUAUGGAGCCGAAAAGGAAGGGAGGAAAAAGGAUGAAAGAAAACGGAAUUUAGGACUGUCGUUCAAGGACCUAAUUCGAAGGAGCAGAGUUUUAACCUUGGAAUUUAUCUAGGUUGGUUGCAGUACGGGAUGAUUUGAAUAUUAAGGAAGAUUUGAUGAAUUGUGAGACCUUUAUUUUGGUUCUUCUGGGAUAAUCUAGAGAAUGGGAUACUUGAAUUCCGUGUUAUCAUCAUCUAAUCAAGUCCUUGCUGACGAUGCCCCUGUUAGCGGUGGUGGUCUAAGGUAUAUUGAUAUGACAUAUGGAACAUGUUUCUAUUUUACAAUCUUUGAGAUGUUUGGUACUCUUUUAUUUUCUUACUUUGAAUAUUGCAUGGUUCUUUGUUUUUAAGGUUUCGAAUGUUGUUCAAAUGUCAAUUGUGGUUUCUCAUUAUGCAAUGGUGUAUUUGUGGUAGCAUGUUCAUCUCUGAAGUUGGAACUGGUAUUUAUUUUAUGUUCAUUUGCUUUUUUGAACUUUGUUAUGCUUUAAUCUUUAUGUUUUUGCUACUAAUGUGCUGGAGAAAGUAGUUAUGUUGGUUAAUUGUAGAUGAAAUUGGCGUUUAUAAUGGAUUGGUAACGGGACAAUUCCAAGAGGAUCUGGCAUUAAAUUGUGAUUUGAUUUAAAAUAUUGCAUUGCAGAUGAUAUUUAUUUGAUUUAUCAUUGUAAUCUACCUUAAUUUCUGUCAAUUAUUUCUCUUAGUUCCAACUCAAAUAUUUGGGGUGCGCUUGGUUGAUUUUCUGAGUUUACGAGCUACACUCUUACCUAUUGUGAAGGAUAAUACAUUUUUCUUCAUUUUGUGCAUUUAUGCAACCUCAUUAUCAUUGAUACAGUCGCCAUGCAGUACUGAGGCAUGAUGGCUCACCUUUUCUAUGAUUUUAUAAUGGCUUUGUUAUUGUAUUAGGGAUACCUUUUGUUCCUCACAUUGGUAACUUGAAAUCUUGUUCCUGUCUCACUAUGUUGCUUUUGUGUAUGCAUGAGAAUGGUAUCUUUAGUAAGUUUCAAAUCCUGUCCCUGAGCAAUGUCAAGCAUGUGGGAGUAUGGUUUGAUUCGGUAUUUUUCAUGAGUAUAAACAUUUUAAGUUUAAUAAAUACUUGAUCAGUGUUAGCCGCUUUAGUGAAAAAGAUUACAUAUUAUGCAUGUUCAUAUGAGUUGAAUCUUUUAACUUUUUUGAAGACAUGAUACUGCCUCUCAUAUGAUUGAUGAGGCUUUUGUGAAAGUUUUGCUGAUUAAUAAUGUCUCUUUGUGUAAGUAAUGAAUUCGAAAUGAUGUAGACAUUUUGGUGUUAUUAUUCACACAAUUUGGUUGCUUGGCUUUCUUAGGAGAAAACCUUCCUCCGCCCCAAGCAUUUACUUUAUUCUAGGAAAAGUUUGUUUUUUUCAACCUUUCGUCUCUAUCAAAUGAUUGUGUGUGCAAGAUUGAAAGAGCAAGUGUAUAAGGUAGUUGCUCCACUUGUUUAAUACCUCAUUAAAUGUGUCACACACCCGAAUUCAAAAUAAAUUAUACAUUUUCCAAAAAUGAACUCUUCUUUUGGGGCAGAACCAAUACCCUUUCUCAUAUUUAUGUUGUAUUACGUCUUGCAUGUCUAACUAGUUGGAAAUUAAUACUUGCUAAAUUGUAGUUGUUUAUUUUAAUAAUUCAAUGGACUUGCUGAUUUUGUUGUUAUUAUUGAUCAAGUUGUUGAGUUUAAGAGUACAUCAUUAGCUAAAUAUGUAUAAUUUUACAUUAUUUCUCCAUGGAAAAUUCUAGCUUGUUAUAUUCUUGAAUUUCUAGUUCAAUAAAAUAAUGUUCAAUUUUCACAAAAUUUGACGUAACGUACUCGUAACCAACUGAUCUUGAAUUAAGAGUUAAUAUUUGUGACCUUCUCUUGCACAAGGGAACAUUACUUUUAAUGGAAAGCUUUUUGCAUACAUGUCUUGGAUUUCAAGAUUGUCACUGUAUAUGUGGUACUACAUCUCUGAUAAUCAUGAUAGUGUUUUGCUUGUGAUUGGUAGUUUUACCAUUUCGUAAAUCCUUAUCUCUUCCCCCUAAAAUUAUGCAAAUCUGGAAAUCUUUGUUGAAUUUCGUAUGGCAUUCGAUUCAUUUAGGCAGUUUUAAUUUUUCUUAUUUUAGUUUAUGUGGUCCUUUGCACAGCCAAAAUGGGAAGUUCAGUUAUGGAUAUGCAAGUUCUCCUGGGAAAAGGUCUUCAAUGGAAGAUUUUUAUGAGACAAGGAUUGAUGGUGUUGAUGGAGAGGUUGUUGGUCUCUUUGGGGUGUUUGAUGGUCAUGGAGGGGCAAGGGCUGCAGAAUAUGUCAAGCACAACCUCUUCAAUAAUCUCAUCAGGCAUCCAAAAUUCAUUUUUGAUACAAAGUCAGCUAUAGCUGAUGCAUACAGCCAUACGGACUCAGAGUUCCUGAAAUCUGAACACACUCAAAAUAGAGAUGCUGGAUCCACUGCUUCUACUGCUAUCCUUGUUAGAGAUCGUUUAUUGGUUGCUAAUGUUGGGGAUUCUAGGGCUGUUAUUUGCAGGGGCGGCAAUGCAAUUGCUGUGUCACGAGAUCACAAGCCCGACCAGAGUGAUGAACGUCAGCGUAUUGAGGAUGCUGGUGGUUUUGUGAUGUGGGCAGGAACUUGGAGGGUUGGAGGUGUCCUUGCUGUGUCCAGAGCAUUUGGAGAUAGACUUCUGAAGCAGUAUGUAGUUGCUGAUCCAGAGAUUCAGGAAGAGAAGGUUGAUAGUUCACUUGAGUUUCUCAUCCUUGCAAGUGAUGGGCUUUGGGAUGUUGUGACUAAUGAGGAAGCUGUUGGUAUCGUUAAGCCAAUUGAAGAACCAGAGGAAGCAGCAAAAAGAUUGUUGCAGGAAGCACAUCAGCGAUGCAGCGCAGACAACAUUACUAUUGUGGUUGUACGCUUCAUGGCUGGAAAGGAAGGAUCCUCUCAUAGCAGUUCGAGUUGAGGAGCGGUCUUCUCUUUUCCCUGUAUACUUCAUUGGUCACUUCCUGAUGGAGAAUGAACCUUUAAGAAUAAAGGUUUACCGAAUAACAAAGUAUAGACAUAAAGACCUCCAAAUCUAGAAUAAGUGCCAUAGACAGAAGUGUAAUUUCUCUAUUAUGUUGUUUGUCAUCAGUUAACAGUCUCUAUUCCGUUGUGGGUAUGCAGAUUGACUCAUUUAGGGUUAUAGUUCAGGUGAUAUGAUAUAUUGUUGAUGAGAUUGCAGAAUGUUUUCAUUCGAAAUGUUUAUAUACAAGCAACAUGCCCGAGCUGUUACUCGAAUCGAAGAUAGAUUUUAAUGAUUGUCAUUGAAUAAAUAAUUUUUUUUAUUAAAAUGAUUGUCUAAUUUGAAUUUUCAUUAUUAGUACAAUCGUUUUGAGGCUGGUACAGAGCGUGUUAAUUUAAUUUUUUUAGGUAAUGUUAU